AUGUCCAUCUACAUCGCUGUUCACUUCCUGAUAGACCAGAUCUACAACAGCCCAAAUAUAUCCAUUGUUGUCACUGUCAGUUCCCUCCUGCUGUGGUUGUCUAUUCGACGUCCUUAUGAUAUCCCUCCAAACCCUUGGUUUAUAUUUCCAAUCAUCGGGCACAGACCACUUCUGCGUGGAGAUUCUAUCCAGUGUCUGCGCCGGCUGCGGAAGGAUCUUGGGGAGGUGUUCAGUGUGUACAUCGAUGCUCAGCUGGUGAUUGUGGUCAAUGGUCUGGCUGCAAUUAAAGAAGCGUUUAUGACAAGAGGGGAGGAGUUUCACUGGAGGCCCAACACCAGAAUUUGUGAUCUCUUUCACUUUGGUGUUAUCUGUAACUCAGGCAGGGAGUGGAGGGAACAGCGCAGGGUCACAGAGUUGGGUCUACAACAUGUCAGCCCUGGUGUCCCGGUGUUUGUGCGCAGAGAGGCUGCACAUCUGACCUCUGCUUUGCAAGAGGAAGAGGGAAAGCCAAUGGAUCCUAAGAUGAUUCUCCAUGCUGCUGUUUUCAAUUCCCUGACCUCGUUCAUCUUUUCCCGGCGCCUGGACUACAAAGACACUCUCCUGGAGAAGGUUUUCACCAGGUUCAAGGAGAACCUAGAGCUGUUCUCUGACAGCAAGUUCCCCAACUUCUUCCCAUUCCAGAAAUUCCUUAUGGGGGAUUUCUUUGACGUGAAGUUCCUGAGGAUCAACAUGACCGAAAUCCAUCAGAAGGUGAUUAAUCCUGUCUUUGAGGAGCACAGGGAGGAGUACAGUGACGAGCAGGUCGUGGACUUCUUGGAUGUGUACCUGCGGGAGAUCAAGGCUAAUAAGAAUGUCAAGGGCACUACAGUCGAAGAGAAGAGUUGCCAGGCAGUUCUCUACGACCUCCUGUGGCAUGGUACAACAGUCACUGCAGCCACACUGUACUGGGCUGUGGUAUUUAUACUUCGACACCCUAAGGUGGCAGACAAGGCCAGGGAGGAACUAGCUGGUGUUUUUGCUAAACCAGAUGCUGCUGAUGGCCAGCCGGGAGUGGAGGGAAGCAAAGCCGCCACAGAUUAUCCUGCAUACUUCAAGGCUUUUGUUCAUGAGGUGCAGCGUUGUGCCAACAUCAGUCCUCUGUCCAUGGCCCAUGCUGUAGCCAAGGAAAAGUUUCUCAAAGGCUAUAGAAUACCCGGAGAUGCCGUAAUCUUACCCAGCCUCGAUUCCCUGAUGAUGGAUGAGGAUGUCUGGGGCGACCCCAGAGUCUUCCGACCGGAGAGGUUCAUUAACCCAGAAGGAAAGCUGUCUGUUCCACCAGAGUUCAUCCCCUUUUUCAUAGGUAUCCGAGGUUGUCCAGCAUCAGGCAUUGCUCAGACUAUUCUGUCAACCUUCCUGGCGUACAUUCUGUUCAACUUCAGCAUUGAACCAGAAGUGGCUGGCCAGCUGCCCUCCAUGGAGCGUAAGAAAGGCCUCAUUCCCAUGCCGCCAGACUUCAAAUCAAAAUUCCUUAUCAGAAGAUAA